AUGGCCGCGGCAGCUGGCGGCGGCGGGCAGGGGGCGGCGGCGGGCGGCGCGGGGGCGGGCGGCGCGGCGGUGGCCGCGGGCCUGGCCGCGUACCGGCGGAAGGACGGGGGCCCGGCCGGCAAGUUCUGGGAGAGCCCGGAGACGGUGUCCCAGCUGGACUCGGUGCGCGUGUGGCUGGGCAAGCACUACAAGAAGUACGUCCACGCGGAUGCGCCCACCAACAAGACGCUGGCUGGGCUGGUGGUGCAGCUACUGCAGUUCCAGGAAGACGCCUUCGGGAAGCACGUCGCCAACCCGGCCUUCACCAAGCUCCCGGCGAAAUGUUUCAUGGAUUUCAAGGCUGGAGGCGCCUUGUGUCACAUUCUCGGGGCUGCGUACAAGUACAAGAAUGACCAGGGCUGGCGGAGGUUUGAUCUACAGAAUCCAUCCCGAAUGGAUCGUAAUGUUGAGAUGUUUAUGAAUAUUGAAAAAACAUUGGUGCAGAGCAAUUGCCUGACUAGACCCAACAUCUACCUCAUUCCAGACAUCGACCUGAAGUUGGCUAACAAAUUGAAAGAGAUUAUCAAACGACAUCAGGGCACAUUCACUGACGAGAAGUCGAAAGCUUCCCACCACAUUUACCCACAUCCUUCCUCACAAGAGGAUGAGGAGUGGCUGCGGCCGGUGAUGAGGAAGGACAAGCAGCUGCUGGUGCACUGGGGGUCGUACCCGGACAGCUAUGACACUUGGGUCCAUAGUAACGAUGUUGAUGCGGAAAUUGAAGAUCCACCAAUUCCAGAAAAGCCGUGGAAGGUUCAUGCAAAAUGGAUUUUGGACACUGAUGUGUUCAAUGAAUGGAUGAAUGAGGAGGACUAUGAGGUGGAUGAGAACAGGAAGCCUGUGAGUUUUCGACAGCGAAUUUCAACAAAGAAUGAAGAGCCAGUCCGAAGCCCCGAGAGAAGAGACAGGAAGGCGUCGGCGAGUGCUCGGAAGAGGAAGCACUCGCCCUCCCCGCCACCCCCCACGCCCACCGAGUCACGGAAGAAGAGCGGGAAGAAAGGCCAAGCUAGUCUCUAUGGGAAGCGCAGGAGUCAGAAAGAGGAAGAGGAACAAGAAGACCUCACCAAGGACAUGGAGGACCCCACACCUGUGCCCAACAUCGAGGAAGUGGUGCUCCCCAAAAACGUAAAUCCAAAGAAAGAUAGUGAGAAUACACCUGUUAAAGGAGGAACUGUAGCCGAUCUAGAUGAGCAGGAUGAAGAGACGGUCACAACAGGAGGAAAGGAAGAUGAUGGCCCCAGCAAAGGGGAUCAGAGUCGGCCAGCGGACCCUGGUGAAGACAACGUAACCGAGCAGACCAAUCACAUCAUCAUUCCUAGCUAUGCAUCCUGGUUUGAUUAUAACUGUAUUCACGUGAUUGAACGGCGUGCUCUUCCUGAGUUUUUCAAUGGAAAAAACAAAUCCAAGACUCCAGAGAUAUACUUGGCUUAUCGAAAUUUUAUGAUUGACACCUAUCGCCUGAACCCCCAAGAAUAUCUGACCAGCACCGCAUGUCGGAGGAACUUGACUGGCGACGUGUGUGCUGUGAUGAGGGUCCACGCCUUCCUAGAGCAGUGGGGCCUUGUUAAUUACCAAGUGGACCCGGAAAGCCGGCCCAUGGCGAUGGGACCCCCGCCUACGCCCCACUUCAACGUGCUGGCUGACACCCCCUCUGGGCUGGUGCCUCUACACCUUCGAUCCCCUCAGGUCCCUGCUGCUCAGCAGAUGUUAAAUUUUCCCGAGAAGAACAAGGAAAAACCGAUUGAUUUGCAGAACUUUGGUCUCCGUACUGACAUUUACUCCAAAAAAACCUUGGCAAAGAGUAAAGGUGCCAGCGCUGGAAGGGAGUGGACGGAGCAGGAGACCCUGCUACUGCUGGAGGCCCUGGAGAUGUACAAGGACGACUGGAACAAGGUGUCGGAGCACGUGGGCAGCCGCACGCAGGACGAGUGCAUCCUGCACUUCCUGCGGCUGCCCAUCGAGGACCCGUACCUGGAGAACUCGGACGCCUCCCUGGGGCCCCUGGCUUACCAGCCGGUCCCCUUCAGCCAGUCAGGAAACCCCGUCAUGAGCACAGUGGCCUUCCUGGCAUCGGUGGUGGACCCUCGAGUGGCAUCUGCUGCAGCCAAAGCGGCUCUGGAGGAGUUUUCUCGGGUCCGGGAGGAGGUGCCCCUGGAACUGGUGGAAGCUCAUGUCAAGAAAGUGCAAGAAGCAGCGCGAGCCUCUGGGAAAGUGGACCCCACCUACGGCCUGGAGAGCAGCUGCAUCGCGGGCACGGGCCCCGAGGAGCCGGAAAAGCUUGAAGGAGCUGAAGAGGAGAAAAUGGAAACAGAAGCUGAUGGUCAGCAGCCGGAAAAGGCAGAAAACAAAGGGGAAAAUGAAACGGAUGAAGGUGAUAAAGCCCAAGACGGAGACAAUGAAAAGAGCAGCGAGAAGGAACAGGAUAAUGAAGUUAGUGAGGAUAUCAAGUCAGAGGAAACAGAGUCUGAGGAGAACAAGGAACUCACUGAUGCUUGUAAAGAAAGAGAAAGCGAAAUUGGGAAGAAGAAAGUAGAACGUGAGAUUUCCGAAGGAAACGUAGCCACGGCCGCCGCAGCUGCUCUCGCCUCAGCUGCCACCAAAGCCAAGCACCUGGCUGCAGUGGAGGAGAGGAAGAUCAAGUCCCUGGUGGCGCUCCUGGUCGAGACGCAGAUGAAGAAGCUGGAGAUCAAGCUGCGGCACUUCGAGGAGCUGGAGACGAUCAUGGACCGAGAGAAGGAGGCCUUGGAGCAGCAGAGGCAGCAGCUGCUCACUGAGCGCCAGAGCUUCCACAUGGAGCAGCUGAAAUACGCAGAGUUGCGAGCCCGCCAGCAAAUGGAGCAGCAGCACGGGCAGAACCCUGCACAGGGCCACCAGCACCCGGGGGGCGCGGGCCUGGCGCCGCUGGGAGCAGCAGGGCACCCCGGCAUGCUGCCUCACCAGCAGCCCCCGCCCUACCCUCUGAUGCAGCACCAGAUGCCGCCGCCCCACCCACCCCAGCCAGGUCAGAUCCCAGGCCCAGGUUCCAUGAUGCCCGGGCAGCCCCUGCCAGGCCGCAUGAUUCCCAGCGUCGCCGCCAGCAUCCACCCCCCCGGGAGUGGCCCCGCCUCUGCUGGGAUGCCACCAAUGCCAGGAAGCAUCCUAGGACCCCGGGUCACCCUCACGGCCCCCAACGGCAUGUAUCCCCCGCCGCAGCCGCCGCCUGCAGACGGAGUCCCUCCGCCUCCUGCUCCAGGCCCACCUGCCCCGGCCGCGCCCUAGCCUGGGGGCUGCUGGGAGCGCACGACCCCAAGCCACCACCAGCCGCAGGGGAUGACGAGACACAUUCCUCAGCUUCCUGGCCUCUUUCAGGAUUUUUGUUCUCAGCCCAAGCACGUGUCCCAUCUCCCGCUCCCCCAUUCCUCUUGCCUCCCCUCUCCAGCCCUAGCGCCCCUGGAGUUAGGUCCUCGGCCCUCGUGCGGGGGCCCUGCUGACAGUAUGUCCUGGGCAUUCUAGUUGUUUCUGUCCUGCUGUGGCUAUUCCAGGCUCUACCAUAUCUGUUGUCCUGCAGUCUUGCUUUGUCUUCGCCUCUGGAUAAUGUUUUAUAAUCAUUUCUUUUUAUUUCCUCCAUUGCUUUAAGGGAGAGCAUUCAAAGUUAAUAGGAACCAAAAACUGGUGAUGGGCAGAGGGACAGCAGCAGGGACAGCCUGAGGCAUUGCAAGUGACCUUACUCCUGCUCAUCCGAGCAGAGAACACACUGAGGGUGACGCCUCGGCGGCUUGGCCACCCGUAGAGGCGCCCGAAUCGAAGGACGGAGAGGGGACCCCCCGGGCUUUCUCCAGUGAGGACUUGGCCCCGCCCAGGCCGGGCCUCCCCUCCAGGGCCACAGGCCUGCCUCCCUGCGGGUGGCUUGCUGGGCUGCGGUGGGUGUCUGUUUUCUGAGGCAGCGUGAGCUUGGAGGGCGGGCCCGGGGAGGCAUCCUUCGUCCCUGGGACCGGCCAGGAAGGGUCUGGGCCAAGGCCAUGCGCCCUGUGAACCAGCCCCCUUGCUCAUUGCUGUGUGCAUGCUUUUGCUCUUAAAAAAAAAAAAGAAAACUUUUAAAAAAGGAAGUAGACAGUGCUGACAUGUAGCUCAUGGUUAGGCUGCCGGGAGCAGGUCCCCACACUACCUCUUGCAGCACCAGGGGAGUGGGCUCAGUGGAGCGGGGCUUGGGGUUGGGAGGCGGCCUCAUACCCCUCCCCCCCCCCCCCCUGCUCUGAGGUUUCACAUUCGGGCCGGGGUCACGGAGCUCAUGGCGACAGAGCAUCGUGCUGCAGGGUCAGGUGUUCGGCCGGGAGCGGGAGCCAUUCCAGAGGAAGAGCCGCGGAAAUGCCUUAACUGGAGCCACUCCUACCCCGCGAGGAGUGGCUCGAGGUGACUGGAGACUCUCAGGUUCUCCACUGGCCUCCCUGCCUCCCCCGUCCUGCGUGGGCAUGGGAACGCUGUGCCCCUUCCCGUCACAGCCUCUGAUGGCAGCUUCAGCUAGAAUGCCAAUGGAACAUCUUUUGGGGAUCUUUCUACGCAGUUUAUAAGCUUUAUGUGUGAGAGGGUAUCGGUAGGUGUUUGUGAAACACCUGAGAACUUUCCCUUAAUAUCAGAAAGCAGGUAGCAGAAGAGAAAACCACAGGGAGGAUGCGCCUUCCAAGCCCUCGGUGUUGCCUCUGACCAGGCGGCCGUGGUCCGCGGUGGCUCGGGCUCGGGUGGGAGGGAGCCUGUUGCUUCCGGCGUUGAGUCCCAGUGCCUUCUGACCACGGCCCGGGUUCCCUGUUUCCCGCAGUUUUUCCCAAAGGAAACUCAUUCCGAAUACUUCCCUUUCCCACUGGGGCCUUGAAGGAAAAUGAAAUUCUGGCUCACACUGUGGUCCCGUGGAACCUCAGGUUUUUAAUGUGAUCGCUUUCAAGUUUAAAAGAUCCGGGUGGGAAUAUUUUUACUGCGCCGGUGACAGUUGUACACAGAACCCGAACUCAGCACUGUUAGGUUUCAGUAUAAGCAGUGACUUUUUCUUUUCGUGUCUUUGAUCUGGUUUCGUUCCUGUAAUACAGCCACUCGAUUUUGUGAGGGGGGAAUAAUACAUGGUUUUGUACAAA